UGAGAAGUUUUGGCGCGUUCGUGUGUAAUUGGUCGCAUUAAACAAUUAUAUGUACCGGUCGUUUAUUUUUGAAUCCGAUAUUCGCGUAAUUCCUCCGUCGAAUUUCUGGUGAACAGCUGUGAUCUGACUAUCUCGCAGCAUGACGGAAACGCAACAAAGGGCCAAGUGCAUUACUCUAAAGGGUUCCGCCGAAUUGGUCGCGCAAUAUCUACUUUAUGGAGUCAAUAGUAUACUCUAUCAGAGAGGAAUAUAUCCGCCGGAGACAUUCGAGCCUUCCGAGCAUUUCGGUUUGUUCAUCUUCACGUCUACGGAUGAGAAGAUUACGUCCUUCCUGAAUACUGUCCUCGGACAGAUUGAAGAGUGGCUCGUCCAGCGCAAAGUGCAUAAGAUCACUCUUGUCAUAACAAAUGUCAACACAAAGGAAGUGUUGGAGAAGUGGGACUUCAAAGUUGACUAUGAAGAUCAGAAAGCAAACGGAGCGGAUAGCACCAAAACUGAUCUGCCUGAAGUAGGAACAAAGGAUGUGAAAACUAUACAGAAGGAAAUACGUGAAGUGAUACGUCAAAUUACAGGCACAGUGAGCUUUUUACCACUCUUAGAUUGUCUCUGUUCCUUUGAUAUACUUACCUAUACAGUACCUGACUGUAACAUUCCUAAUCAAUGGGACGAAACUCAACCAGUUUUUAUCGCAAACAGUCAAGAGGUACAACUUAGAUCAUUUUCAACCUCCAUACAUAAAAUGGAUACUGUAGUUAGUUACAAAAAUAUCUGAGUUUUCUAUAUCUUUGCGUAAAAGUUGUAAAUACAGGCUCCAGUUUAUGUCACCUGCAUAUGUGUCAAUCAUCAUUACCAAAGACUGCUUUAAUUUAAUUAAUUGCUGUUGCGUAAAAAUUGAUGGUUGAAUAGCAUAUUUUCUUGUAAUACUGUAAUUUAAUUUAGAUAUAAUAAUGGUUGUAAUUCACAGUAUUUUAAAUGUAUUUUAUACCAAUAUAUUUUUUUUUAAAACAGCGUAUCUUUUAAAUGCAAGUAAAGUAUCCAGAAGAAACUACAAGUACAUUAUAAUCAAAUAUUGCUAGAUUUGUCGAAAA